GCGACACCCGCGCGCCGCCCGCCGCCGCCUCGCGCUCAGUCCCGCUUCAGAUGGCGAAGGCUGCGCCCGUCCGCUCGCGCGCCGCUCUCCGCACCCGCCGCGCUCGCGAGUGACCGCCGCCAGCACUGCCAUGCGCCGGCUCUGACCGCCACCAUGCCGCGCGUCAAGCCCGCCUGCGUCCGCCGCGUCUCCAUCGGUGAAAGCUCGGGAUCUUGUUCGGAGGAAGAUGUUGGCAAUGCCAUGCCGGAUGAAGCGAGAGAUAGGCCAGAGGCGCACAUGUGUCCACGUUGUCAGGAACAAUUCGAAAACCUUCACGAUUUCUUGUAUCAUAAGCGACUUUGCGAUGAGAAAGCAAUGCAAAUGGGUGAAGAGAGGAUGCACUCCGAUCCGGAGGAUAUGGUAGUGUCAGGGGAUGAAGAAAUGGAUGGUCCCAAUAAACGACUAGAGCAAGUCAGGAGGCAUCGACAAGAUGCUGAAAAUAAUAAUAGUCUCGAAGACGGCGAGGCCGAAAUACCUGAAGCCGACAUGCCCCCCGUGGGUCUGCCGUUCCCUUUGGCAGGACACGUUACUCUUGAGGCUCUACAAAAUACGAGAGUAGCGGUCGCCCAAUUCGCUGCAACAGCGAUGGCAAAUAAUGCAAAUAACGAAGCUGCUAUACAAGAAUUACAAGUGUUACACAACACUCUAUACACUUUACAGUCACAACAAGUAUUUCAACUUCAGUUAAUACGUCAGCUUCAGAAUCAGUUAUCUCUAACUCGACGGAAAGAAGACGAUCCACACAGCCCACCGCCAAGUGAACCAGAACAGAAUGCCCCGUCAACGCCGGCUCGAUCACCGUCGCCGCCGCGUCCGCCACGGGAGCCGUCGCCUGUUAUACCCUCUCCUCCUACUAGCCAAAGUUUGCCGUCGACUCACACACAUCAUACACCCAAAACUGAACAGAUAUCUAUCCCUAAGAUUCCAACUUCCUCACCAUCUUUAAUGACCCACCCACUUUAUAGUUCAAUUUCUUCGUCAUUAGCAUCUUCCAUCAUAACAAACAAUGAUCCUCCACCGUCCCUAAAUGAACCAAAUACACUUGAAAUGCUUCAAAAACGGGCACAGGAAGUACUCGACAAUGCAUCACAGGGCCUUCUAGCAAAUAAUCUUGCCGACGAAUUAGCUUUUCGAAAAUCCGGAAAAAUGUCACCUUAUGAUGGAAAAAGUGGUGGCCGUAACGAACCUUUCUUUAAGCAUCGCUGUAGAUAUUGUGGAAAAGUGUUCGGUAGCGACUCUGCACUUCAAAUUCACAUUCGUUCUCACACAGGGGAAAGACCUUUCAAAUGUAACGUCUGUGGCUCUCGAUUUACAACCAAAGGAAAUCUUAAAGUUCAUUUCCAAAGGCAUACUUCGAAAUUUCCACAUGUCAAAAUGAACCCUAAUCCCGUUCCAGAACAUUUGGAUAAAUAUCACCCACCGUUAUUAGCGCAAUUGUCGCCGGGGCCCAUUCCUGGAAUGCCGCCACAUCCACUUCAGUUUCCCCCAGGAGCCCCAGCUCCUUUUCCGCCAAACUUGCCAUUAUACAGGCCACCGCAUCACGAUUUAUUGCCUCCACGCCCUUUGGGUGAUAAGCCUCUCUCACAUCACCCACUUUUUGCUAUGCGAGAAGAACAAGACGCACCAGCUGAUCUCAGUAAACCUUCCGCACCAAGCCCUCCUCGACCCGCGUCUGAUAUUUUUAAGUCUGAACCUCAAGACGAAGAGAGUCAACGAGAUUCCAGUUUUGAAGAGACUGAUCGUAUAUCACCUAAGCGAGAAAUCGAAGACAAUGAUAUAGGACAAGAUGCAGAACAAGAUCGAUACCCAUCCACAUCACCGUACGAUGACUGCAGUAUGGAUUCCAAAUACAGCAACGAAGAUCAAAUCGGCAGAGAUAGUCCACACGUGAAGCCCGAUCCAGAUCAACCGGAAAAUCUCUCAAGUUCGGAGAGCGGGCGGAGUGCACGGGGGUCGCCACCGUCGCCGUCGCCGUCGCCGUCGGCGCUGUCCACGCCGCCGCGUCUGCCACACCACUCGCCGCUGCCGUCGCCCCCGACGCCCCUGGCGGCGCUCGGCGCGCUCGGCGGAUCGCCCUUCAGCCCGCUCGGACUUGCCUUUCCUCCCGCAGUGCGCGGCAACACAACGUGUACCAUCUGCUACAAGACAUUCGCCUGCAACUCGGCACUGGAGAUCCACUAUCGGAGCCACACCAAGGAACGGCCUUUCAAGUGCACCGUCUGCGAUAGAGGCUUUUCUACCAAGAGCAGUGGCGGCGGUUGUCAGUGCGGAAGGCGUGCGCGCGCACCCCGCCCGCCGCACGCCACUGCUUUGGACCUCUGGAACGCCUUCGUCUACCCGGGCAACAUGAAACAGCACAUGCUAACGCACAAGAUCAGAGACAUGCCGCCUGGUUUUGACAAGGGGCCGGGAGGACCUUCCGGACCCCCAAGCGAGGAAGGGCGGGACCCCAGCCCGGACAGACGGUCGUCCCCGGAAAAACUAGAUCUGAAAAGAUCACCCCCGGUGCAUCCUCCACCGCCAAUGUCACACCCACCUAUUGACAUGCCACCGCUACCAAAAAGACCUACAGUGCCCAGUAUCCCGAGUCACCCCCCACCGUCGGCGUCGUCGAAGCACCUGUGCGGCGUGUGUCGCAAGAACUUCUCCUCAUCAUCAGCGCUGCAGAUACACAUGCGUACACAUACCGGAGACAAACCCUUCCGAUGUGCUGUCUGUCAGAAGGCGUUUACCACCAAAGGCAAUCUUAAGGUGCACAUGGGCACGCACAUGUGGAGCGGCGGCGCGUCGCGGCGCGGGCGGCGCAUGUCGCUGGAGCUGCCGCCGCGGCCGCUGCACGAGCCGCACGAGCUGCUGCGGCGCCCCGACCUCUUCUACCCCUACCUGCCGGCGCCUUUCCUCAACGGCAUGCAACAGAAGCUGAACGAGAUAUCUGUAAUACAGCAGAACGCCGGACAAAACGGCGUAGCUGGAAAAUUCCCCGGUCUGCUCGGCUUCGGAGCGUUCGGGGCCGGGAGACCGGGCGCCGCGUCCCCGCUCGAGAGGCCUCCCUCGCUGGAGGGCGGAGACGAGCGACAGGCGGCGAUGCGCGAGCUGGCCGAGAGGGGACGGGAGCUGGCGGAGAGGAGUCGGCAGAUGCGCGAGGAGAGCGAACGGGAGCACUACAGGGCCGCGGGCGGACUGCCCGCGCACGCGCACGCGCCCAACCCCGCGCAGGCCUCGCCGCCCGCGCCGCACGCGCACCCGCACCCCCUCGCGUCGCUGCCGCCGCCCGCGCGAACAGAAGGCCUCACCGUAUAAAACGAUGGGUUCCCUACUCUAAUUGGAGCUCUCGAACACAUUCCAGAAAACUCCGAUCCAGACUCGGCAGGCGCGGCUGACAAUGUGCCAGUUAUCGGUGUUAUGAACUUUAAUGCAAAGUCAUCCAUAUACUCUUGUACAAAGAAUACGCGGUGCGAGCUAAACGAUGAACUUUUAUAAUUCGAAACUACCGAAACGUUUCGUUUGAUAUCGUAUAAAUUCGUGUUGAAUGUAGCGCUGUGUAUUGACUUAUUAUUACGCCUAGUGUUAGGUAUGUAGGUAACUUAUAUGCACGAGUACGGGCCUGGGGCAAUGGAGGACUCUGACGAGUCCCGCGUUUAUGUCAUUACUCUGUGAUAGAGCACUAUCGGCGGCCGCGUCCGUGUAGCGGAGAGACGAUGGGAGACUCCCUAGUCGGUAGAUUCGAGUCUACCGAUGUAUACGCGGCCCAGUGUGCUAUGACAUCAAAAAUUAUUAUAAAUUAUCCCAAAAAUUAAUUAAAUUCAUAAAUCUAUAUAAUAUGUCUAAUUGUAUAUAAAAUGUAUGAUAAUAUUGUAAUGAACGAAUAGUUAAAAAUUAAGACAAAGUUAAAUUAAUUAUACUAUAUUUAUCUAUACAUGUAACUGGAGUGCGAUAUGCAUGAUUUUCUCUUAAGUGACAUUCCAACGUAAGGAGAUUCUUUAGAAAGUACAUAGUUUUAUCAGUACGACAUAGGUCGCGAAGUAGUCGGUUGCCCGAUGGGUAGCAAUCAUAUGUCACACAUUUAAAAAUAUUUUGGCUCUCGAGUCUCCUUGAAUUUUGAAAUUUCCCAAACGAAAAAAACAAAUAUUUAUGAAAAAAAAAAUGUACAACACAACAAUCAAUAUUGUAAUCACUCUAGGUACUCUACAUUUAACUAUUGUAAUAGAGGUUAAUGACAUAAUCAUAUCAUGUAAAUUAAUAAAAAGUAUUUGCAUUUGAGGUCUAUAUAGAUGUAAGUGUUUAGAGUCAUAGUUAUAUUGCUUUAGAAUACUUGGACAUAUCUUUGUGAAGUGCGAUCGAGUUCCGAUCGACUUUAGAUUUGUCAGUAGGUACUACCUGAGCAGACUGAGCCAUAAACUGUUUCGGAUGAAACUUUUCUUUCCAAAUAUGCAUUUCUCGAUGCUUACUGUUAGUGAGGGUGAUAAAUGAAAUUGUUAAACGCAAUUUUGUUGGAGAAUUACUAAUUUGACUGUACACAAACCCUGCACUAAACUAAAAUGACAGGUAUAAAAAUAUCUCCAUCCUUGUCUACCAUUCUUUGAUUGAAAAGGACAACAUUAUUUUCACACAGUCAAUUUAGUUUAAUCUAGAAAUUGUCUGUGUUCAACCAAGUUAAGAUCCACGUAUGUUUUUUCUAUCUCACUUUAGGUAUCUGUGUAUAAAUGUCCUGGUAAAUUAUUUAUAUAAAUUUAUAAAUCAUGCAUACACUCUUAGUAUUAAUACGUACGCUUGCGAGGCAAUAGGCCUCCAAAUUAGCUGCCAUACUAAGUAACUUUUCUGACAGGAUACCUAACUUUUCGAUUCCAUUCAAUACCAAUACCAUUUGGUUAAAAAAUAGCAAACUUUCUUUGGAUUUCUACCCCUCAGUAGGUACUGUCAGAAAUGUUACACAAUAGGGGGCGGUGCCACGAUUCGCUAUGACUAUGUUAAUGAAAGAUGCACUUCGUCAAUAGAUGUCAUCCUAGACACAAAUAAUAAAACGCAAUUUUUUACAAUAAUUAUGUGCGAAUGAGUCAUAUCAACUCUCCUUAAAUUACAAUGUAUGACUUUUUAUGUUUAAAAAAUAUAUAUUUCUAUCUCAGACCAAUCAUAGAAGGACCAGUAUCGCAUCCAAAGUCACGAACAUAAUUGUCUGUAAUUUUUUAAGAAAAACGAACUUAGAUUUGGUAUAUAUCUUAAGUUAAACUAGAAAUAUUUGCCCGUUUUUUACACCAUUCAACUACACAAAAAGGUAUUUACGGAGCUCUUAAAGCGACGAACUACUACAACUAUAUGAUUUUAUAGAGACAGUUUUUAUAAUCGUAUUAGAUCGUUGAUCAUAUACUUUGACAGAAAAGACGUCUAGCGAGGUACGUUGUAUACAAUAAUUGGUCUGACAUUUCUAUCUAUACAUUUUUGUAUUCGUAAGCACACAAGGCUGACAGACUUUAUUAAGUUAACAAAAAAAGUAAUUGACUUUAAAAUAUCAAAAAAACAGUUGACCAUGUAAACAUUUGCAUUGUAUAGUUGAUUGGAUCUAAUGCUAAAAAACUCAUUUGCACAUAAAAUUGUAAAUCUUAAUCUAACAUAUUGAGCACAUUUUACAAUGUCGUAGAGAAUCGGGCCUCAGUUUAGUUGUUUAGAGUAAAUUCUCAUAGCACCUACAAGUUAUAAUUUUCAAAUUGCAAAUAGUUCUAGUGUAGUGUUAGCCAUGAAUAUGAUGUGUCAUGUCCAUGUCAGUAUAAAUAAUAAUCAUUGUAAAUUAUUAAAUGUUUAUGUAAAUGUCCAAAAAGUAUUCAAAUUAUUUAAAAAAAAGCUAUUAUAUUAAUAA